AUGGAUGUAGGAGCAGUACGCACGAGGAGGAUGGAGCCCAGUACUCAGGAGGGCAGUGUGAAGGAGUCUCCCGUGGUGGUUCACCCCCUGAUGCCCGUCGCCCGCCUGUACGUCUACGCCCUGCACGGCUGCCUCUGUGAGGUGGCCUUCACGGCCGCCUGCAACUGGUACGAGCUCCGCGACCGGAAGCUUAUGGGCCACACCAGCCUGUGGGCCCUGCCCAUCUACAGCUCUGCCAUCUUCCUCAUGGAGCGGCUGCACCUGAGCCUGCACCCGCGCUGCCCCCUGCUGGCCCGGCUGACCCUCUACACCCUGCUCACCUACCUGUGGGAGUUCAGCGCCGGGUUCGCGCUGAGGCUGCUCGGGGCCUGCCCCUGGGACUACUCCUCGUUCCGCUGGAACGUGAUGGGCCUGGUGACGCUGGAGUACGCGCUGCCCUGGGCGCUGGCCUGCCUCAUCGCCGAGCGGCACGUCAUCAGGAACACCCUGAGGGUGCGCCUGGAGACCCCGCCUCCGCACGCCUGA